CAGGAACAUUCACAUCCAAGCACACCAAGCACACCCAGCACUUUAUGUCUUAAAAUGAGGGAGCUUGUUAAAUAAACCUUUGUCGCGACCCUUCCUGCUUUUCCUCUCUCUCAACCUUCGGUUGCUUCCUUGCAUCGAUCCUGCAUUAGCUUCCGAUCUGUCAGGAUGAUUCCCUACAUCAACACUCCAUUCGCCUACGUGGGCAGUUCCAUAGGCGCAUCUGCAGAUGAGCUCAAGCUGGUGUUCUCAUUUUACCUGUCAUACCCACUUGCUGCUGUGUUGAAGCGUAUACCGGACAAGAAUCCAUGGCAGAAGAACCUCUUCAUAAUAGCCAUAUCUCUCUUCUACCUCGUUGGCCUUUUCGAUCUCUGGACUGGCCUUCGGACCCUGAUUAUUAGUGCAGGAGGUGCAUAUCUAAUCGCUUCAAAGAUCAACUCCCCGUAUAUGCCUUGGAUAGGAUUCGUGUUCCUAAUGGGGCAUAUGUCAAUCAACCAUAUUUUCCGGAUGAUGGUUGAUGACCCCUCUUCAGUGGAUAUCACGGGAGCGCAAAUGGUCUUGAUUAUGAAGCUCACAGCAUUCUGCUGGAACGUCCAAGACGGCCGCCUCCCCAAAUCCGAGCUCUCAGAAUUCCAAAAGGAGCAUAUGAUCAAGGAAUUGCCCAACCUCCUCGACUACGCCGGCUACGUUUUCUUUUUCCCUGCUCUCAUGGCCGGCCCCGCCUUUGAUUACUGCGACUACAGCCGCUACAUCAGCACAACGAUGUUCCAACUUCCUCCAGGCACCGACCCCUCGAAAGCACCGCCAACCCGGAAGAAGCGCAAGAUCCCUCGAAGCGGUACACCUGCCACCUUUAAAGCAGUGUACGGCACCAUUUGGGUUAUUGCUUUCUUAAAGUUCUCCAGUUGGUAUAAUACCGAAAGACUGCUUAGUGACCAGUAUAUGACCUACUAUUUUCCUCGCCGCGUGUUCAUCUUAUACAUGCUUGGAGUCACCACCCGCAUGAAGUACUACGGCGUAUGGACACUAACUGAAGGAGCCUGUAUCCUCUCUGGAAUCGGCUACAAUGGCAUUGACGCCAAGACUGGACGCGCGAACUGGGACCGACUUCAAAACAUUCGACCUCUUGAGAUUGAAUUAGCGCAAAAUACCAGAGCAUUUUUAGGCUCUUGGAACAUCAACACAAAUUUAUGGCUGCGGAAUUAUAUGUACCUCCGCGUUACUCCCAAGGGGAAGAAGCCUGGAUUUAGAGCUACAUUAGCGACGUUCGUCACCAGCGCAUUCUGGCAUGGUUUCUAUCCAGGGUACUAUCUCGCAUUUGUCCUAGCUUCCCUACUCCAAACUAUCGCAAAGAACGGCCGCCGGCUAAUCCGCCCGCUCUUCCUGACCCCCUCCAGCACCACACCCACUCCCCUCCCUACAAAACGCUACUACGACCUUAUCACCAUCUUCUUAACGCAGACUGCCUUUGCCUUCACUGUCGCACCCUUCAUCCUCCUCUCUUUCACCUCCACUAUGAUAAUCUGGGCACGGGUCUAUUUCUACACCCUCAUUGGCGUCGUGGCCUCCUUUGUCCUUUUCUCCCGCUCCCUCCCAUUCCGCGCGAAACUCACGGCGCAGCAGGCUGCGCGGAUGAAAGCCGCGACUACAGAUGUCGAUACAACCGGUACGGUGAUUGAGAAGGUGGCGCGGGAGGAACAGGAGAAGGAGCGGAGGCAGACAUUGUUGAGACGAGAAAGUAGCGAGGGGGUGAGACGAGCGCCGACACUCGGGAUUGCAGAGGAUCCAGAAGCCGAGAUUGAUGAGAUUGUUGCGGAGGUUAAGCGGGAGAUCGAGGAGAGGAAGAGGAGGGGGAGUUUGGUGCAGGGGUUUGAUGUGAGGGCGGCGGUGGAAGAGAAGUUGAGGGGAUUGAAGAGGGCGUAGGAGGGAGGAUUGGUGGGCUCGGUUGUGUAUGGGAAUGAGGGGGUGAGUGGGUAGAAGCGCACUUCUUGGUGCCUUGGGGCGGGGCUAUGAAAGGAAAGUCCAUUGAUUCGAAAGCAUGGCUUUCUACGUUGUAUUUUUCAAGGAG